AGUCGUACAGUGCGUACGUGCAGAAAGUGAGUCAAACAAACCGGUUUCCCUUCAGUUGCAGUGGUGAAUUCUGUUGGGAGCAAGGAUCCGCUGGAGGUGGGGUCUUCCCUUGGCGUUUGGAUAAAUUGUGAAACUGUCGACGACGACGACGACGGAAAUAUUCGCAGUAGUGAAGUGUUAGAUUAACCGCGAAGAUAGUCAUUUCUGCCGGAGUUCUACGCGACAAAGCGUGCAGCUCAAUUCGGUGGGUGUUACACAAUUUCGCCUUCAUCGCAUUCGUAAGCCAGCAAGGCGUGCGCCCAUUUGUGUUACGCUUACUGCAAACGUAAAUUAAAUUUGGAGAAAUUCAAAACAGUUCUGGGUGUGGGUGGCCACAAUGACAAUUGAAUUCACUUGCGAGUGCUCAUUCAAUAAUAGUACAACAGUGAUAGUUGUUUAGUCAACUGAAUUAGGGAGCUCCCUUCAACGAACGUCGUCACGAUUAUUCAUCAACAUCAACCCAUACCUUCUCUUUGUGAAGAGUACGGCAGUGUUAACUGGUGUGAGUUGUCGUGGAUAAUGAAAAAUUGAAAACAACUCUUCCAUACAAAUACCGGCGCACCUGUGGGUAACGGUCGUGUGCUCAGGUGGAUUAUGCAUGUGUGAGCUUUUCAAACUGCAAAUUAUUCAGUGCUUGAAAUAGUCGAAAACAAGAAGGAAAAUUCAAUUAUCAUUUUCCAGAUUAUUCGUGAGAAUAUUCGUACUAAAAUAUGGUAAUAAAAUAAGUAACAGAAAUAAGGUGUUGUGGUCAAGUGAUUAUUUCCAGAAAAAUAACACAGACAAGGUGGUAGUGGUUCAGCACGAAGCAUAUUAAAGGUGUUUGUGAGAAAAAAAAAAGUAAAAGGUACAAAGCAGGCAGGAAAAAUAAGUGAGAAACAGCGAAUCACCUAUACCCAUAGAUAGUUUCCGUUUACAACACCGACUUAAGCUACUAGCUGCCCGACAAUGGCGAGCGGGGUAAAGCUGAAUUCUGCAUCGAUAACGAUACUCUGUUGGAUUACGAUAUUAGGACUAGCCCAAUGUCAGAAAAUUCCUAGUCUGCAAAUUCUGCCGGCGGCCUCUAUUCAGCGGAAGCCAGUAGGAGCGUCACUGCUAUUGACCUGCCGACCGGAUGUUCCCGAUAGCACACUGAUAUCCGAUCUGCGGUGGAGCGACAAUCGUAACAUGACGAUACCGCCGAAAGCGACCAAACAUUACUAUCCACAGUACGAUUCUAAGGGUCGAAAGCUUCCGGCGAAGGCGGGUCAGUCAUCUCCGCCGAUAUACACGGAGUCAAUCGCAAGCGGACAGGCUCUGGCGCUGAUAUUUAACUCGCUGCAGGAAUCAAUGGCUGGCAUUUACUAUUGCGCCGCAUCCUACUCCGUCACCGAGCAACUGGGAGCGUCGGUUUCAGUGGAAACAUACGUUGCCAUCACAUGGAAGAAUGCGCCGGAGGAUCAGCGUCCAAUCCUGGGUGAGGAUUAUAUCGUUCGCUGCGAGGUGACAGCCAAUCCGCCAGCCACUGUGGAUUGGCUCCGAAAUGGGGAUCCAAUUAGGUCCGUUGGCCGGUACGUUAUCGAAAACCGAGGAUUACUGAUCAAAAAUGUGUCGGAGAGCGAUGAUGGUUUGUACACCUGCCGUGCUGCUGUGAUAUCUACGGGUGAGCUGGCCAAACGGCAGAUUCGGGUUGAAGUACAAAUUAAACCUGAAGUUCAAAAGCUACCUCCCGUGCUGGACGCUGUCGAGGGUCAAUCGUUUUCGUUUCUGUGCAACGCUACCGGUAAGCCAGUUCCUGAGUUCCAAUGGAUCAAGAAGAGUACUCAGCAAAAUGUUGCCGAUAUUGAUAGAUUUUCUGUGAAUCCACUGACGGGUCAGCUUGACAUUAGCAGAGUGGAGCAGGAUGAUCACGAUACGUACUCGUGUGUUGCCAAAAAUGCUGCUGGCAUAUCCGAAUCAACCACAAGACUAAACGUUUUAAUUCGUCCAAAGAUCAUCGAGUUCAUGAAUAUCACAGUACCUGAGGAUACCGAGGCUGUCUUUGCAUGCAGAGCCUUUGGUAGACCACCACCGGAAAUUACAUUCCGCCGAUUUGGAACGACUGAGGAGUUCUCAGUUGGUUUACAAGUCAGUGAUGAUCGCAUCGUUCUGGAUUUGGACACAAAUACCGAGCGAAGCGAAACCACAGGAAGCUUGCGAAUCUCCAAAGUUGCCAAGACUGAUGAUGGUUUGUAUGACUGUAUUGCACGGAAUCCCGGAGACGUGGCAUACAAAGUUGGUCACAUUACCGUUGAAUAUAAACCUACAUUCGACCAUUUGAAGCUGUUACCUCCGGUGUUCACCUGGGAGCAGCGACCAGCGAAUCUAAGCUGCUUUGCACAAGCUAUUCCUAACGCCACUAUCGAAUGGCGGUGGAAUGAUCGCCGCAUCUCAGAUCUUUACGACAUCAAUAUGCAAAUUGAAGAUCACGGUGUGCGUAGCGAUUUAAUUAUCAAACCGCUUGAUCGACGGUAUUACACCAGCUAUAAGUGUGUGGCGACAAACCGAUUAGGGCGCAAUGAACAUAUCAUGGAACUGCGGGAAGCACGCAUUCCUGAUGCAAUUGCUCAAGCAAAACCUCGGUCUGUUAGUGCCACUUCUAUGACCUUCGAAAUCAUACCUCCAGCGGUGGAGAAGGGACUACCGAUAACUGCUAUCUCUGUGCAAUACAAGGAAGAAUUCAAUCCGGAUUGGAACAAUGCCAUGAACCGAACCUGGUCACCGGACAGUCCAUACAUCGUUGAAGGGUUACGACCUCAGACAUCAUACAGCUUCCGAUUUGCUGCUAGAAACGUGGUAGGACUCGGUCAGUGGGGAGCCUACAUUGUGCACUCGACACCGAAACGAUCGGAACCGGAAACGCCGAAAACACUGCACGUGCCGAUCCAAGAAGAGGACGACGAAGAUGACGCGAUCGUUGCUUCACCGUAUGCCGAUCACUUCGAGCUCCGGUGGAACGUGCCCGUGGACAAUGGCGAGCCGAUCUCGUACUACAGGGUGAAAUACUGUCCGGGUUCCAAAAUCAACGGUGUCUGGACAGAGCUGGAAGGGGCCUGCAUCGAGGAAGACAUCCCGACGGCGACGCAUUACGAGAUGCGCGAUCUGCAGGCCGACACCUACUACCGGAUAGAACUGAUGGCGCACAAUGCCAUCGGGUUCUCGAAGCCGGCUCACCUGCUGCUGAAGACUGCUCGAGGAAUUGACGUAGUGCUGCGGGUUGAUGACCAUGCGCUCUCAUCGGCUGCUGUGAUCGGAAUCGUAGUCGGUUGCGUCCUGCUUCUGCUGCUGAUCAUCGACAUCCUUUGCUGUCUGAUAGGUAACCUUGGACUGCUGGCGAUGAUGUGCAGAAGACGAAAACGCUCUCCGUCGGAGCUGGGCGAUGAAGAGAAAUUAGGAAGUCUCUACGGUUGGCGUUUUCCGCUACCCUAUUGCAGUGGGAGCCUCAUCAAGGAGCGUCCGCCCUCGCCAUUACCGCUGCCACCGCCGUUCGUAAAGCUUGGUGCUACGACGCCACUAGAGGAUGAAAAGCAACCGUUAAACACGCUUCCCGAAGUUGGUGUAAAAACGAACAUGUCGGUAGAGUUCGACGGCAGAGGGGUACAAACCAGGAGCGGUGAAAUAAUCGGGAAAAAUUCGUCGGUGUAAUCCAGUCAAUUGGUACUUACAAUUUAAAGAACUGCACACAUCCGAGGUCCGAUAAAGCGUCUGUAACCCGGGUAACCAAUUCCAGUGGUCGCUGGGACUCGGUGCUGUGAGCAAAUGAGAGAACAGCAACUGAGAAUUCUUCACAAAAUUGUGUAUAUUUAGCUACUAGUAAUAAGAGCGAGUUGCAAACAUUGCAUGAUUGCAUCGUACUAAAUGAAGAGAAUGCGCCAGAAUUAUGCUCUCAGAUUGUUUUUAGUUUCGAACACACGGAUUGUACUUCUGUUGAAUUACUUAGAUAUUAGUUAACAAGGUUCCUCUAAAGCUACCGCAGGAACAAAUUCUACAUGUAUGACAAACUCUUUCAAUCGCCAUCUAAUUAGUAUUCAAUCAAUUAAGUAUAACAGUGAUGACGCAAUGUGUGCUUUUGCUAUGAAAACUCGAACAAACGGAAAACUGCUACAAUUGAAAAAUGUACAAUUUGAUUACAUAAACUACACGAUUCGAGAAGAGUUUAUUAAAAAUAAAGCGAAAUGAGUAUUACUAUUAGUACUAUAUGAAUUAUACCAAGCAAAACAAAUCGAGCCAAGAGUCAACUGAAACGGAUAUACAAUAAAACCAUACUGAAUAGUUAGGUAUUUUGAUGUCGUUAAUCAUUCGAGGAUAUUGAACAAAAAAGCUUCUGCCUUUACGGAACCGUACAAGUAUCAUACACUGUGUAGAAAAGUCGAAAGCGCAGCUUGCACAGAUUCCGCCCCCAGAAGCUCCAAAAUGGACUGCCAUCCCAGUUAGAAACAGGUGUUUCAUCCGCUUUUGUAAACUUUAUUUACUUUGGACAGAUGUUUAUCGUCAUUGUAUAGAUAAAUGAUUCAUUUCGAUUAAAAAAUAUCGCUGGAAGAAUAUAUUACUCUGUCAUCACACUGAACAGGAAAACAAAAUAAAAUCAAAGCAUUUCACGUCUGUCAUAUAUUUGUACUAUAUAUGGAAACUAUUGUACUAUUUAUACAACAUUGCUUAAGCUCUAUUCAUCGUAUAGCUUGCAAGAGCCGCAGACCAACACAAAAUAGUUAUAUUUUGUAACAUUUUUCACAUCGUCAGAAAACUAUGUCCACAGAUCCAAAGCCAAUCAUUUGAAUUAGUCAGACUCAGAUAUCUAUUUUAGCAGUAGCAGUAACAGUGAAUGUCUCCGUAUUUUUUGCGUAUCAGAUCUCAACCAAAAAAGAGUUUGUAAUUUGUAGAAAAUGAAACUUCUUUUUCAUAUAAUUACGUUUAGUGUAAGAUUCAACUUUAGUUAGAUUUUUUUUUUAAAUAAUCUUAAAACCACACCAUUGUGUUAUUUUCAACGUAAACCAAAUUAUAUAAAUGUAAUAAUAUC